AUGUCCUUUCGUCGAAUUAAAUGUUUUAGAGAUUUUUUCACUUUCUCUGGGCUUGUUUGCGUGCGGAAGUUUUCAACAGUGCACUCAAGUCAUGGUAAAACAGCGGACAUUAAUCGAAGUUCCACAGCUGUAUCACGAGCGUUCAUACCUUUGCGUUAUAUUCCAUCCUCAGAUUUAGGUCAUUCAGUUCUAGCCAAUAGUGAUAAGGAUAUUUCAUUAAAAAUUGUGCAGGAAGGUGGAACUCUGUCUCCAAAAAUGGUAUUCGCUGCAAAAAUAUUAUCACUAUCCAGUUCAGCUGUUAGUCUUGCUAUGAUACCAAUAAUAUCACAACUUGCAGCUCGAAAAUCAGGGACUGGCACUAUUACUGCAGUUCUGGAUUCGUUCUUCAUUUUGUAUGCGUUUACACCGAUUUUAUUACAUCAGAUCUUGGUAAAACGAUAUAUAAUUGAUUUAUAUUAUAAUCCGAAUACGGAGAUUUUCACAUCAGUACACUUUGGAUUUUUCCUGGGCAAAAGAGCACUAAGAUUUCGAGCAGAAGAUGUAGUAGAUUCGAACAAAUCGGCAGAUAUGUUCAGAAUAUGGUUUCCUCUUGCUACUGCUGUAAUAUAUGGAAAACCUUUGAUGCUUUCUUUAAAUGAAGAAACUUACGGAGAUGUUGAAAUCUUUAAAAAAUUAACUAAAAAUAUCAAAGUAACAAGCUAA